AUGCCAUUGAGCCAGGCUCUUCGAAAGCUCAUAGAGGCCGGUUUGUUGACUGCACUCACUCCGAGACCAUCCCCUCAACCUCUACCUCCUCACUUCAGGAUGGAUUUGCAUUGUGCCUAUCAUCAGGGGUCAGGACAUGAGACUGAUCGAUGCACCGCGCUGAGGCACGCCAUCCAGGACUUGAUUGAUCAGGGUUUGGUUCACUUAGGUCAGCCGAGUGUAACCCAAAACCCACUACCGGCCCAUACCACGCAUGCAGUUCCUCCACCAGACGGAGGUAUUCAUUUCCUAGAUUUUGCUGAUUCUGAUGACCAUGUCUGCAUGAUGAGCUGGGACGACAUGGAUCCAGAUCCCAUAGAGUUGGAUGAUAUUUAUGAGAUGAGCAGCAUGUCUUUGGGGCCUCAGGUGCCCACUCCCUUCAGAUUAUUUCCUGAGACAGCCUCAGUACAUGCGUCCAUUGUCGAGCCUCCGAUUUCCACGCACUAUAGCGUUCAGGCGCCGUUCGUUUUAGUCCCAGAUGUUGAGGAAUUUCAGGCUCCACACAGAGAUGAUCCUCAGACCCCGGACGUUCAGUAUAUCCUCCGGGGAGGGAGAGUAUUGAGACAGCCACCUCCAGCCGCUGCCGCUAGACCCUUAGGGGGUACGUCAUCCCAAGAGGAGGUCAGAGCAGAGGAUGACGAGAUUUUGAGGCAGUUGCAGAGCACUCAAGCUCGUAUUUCUAUCUGGAGCCUUUUAGCGUCCUCCAGUACUCAUCGGGAUGCACUGACUCGAGCUCUGAGCCAGAUCAGAGUUGAUACCACGACCACGACCACUCCCGAGGGACUCAUUCAUAUGAUGACGGCUGGCAGAGCCACUUGUAUCGUCUUUUCCGAUGACGACUUGCCGCCAGAGGGUUUAGACCACACGCGUCCUCUCUAUAUAUCUAUUGGUUGUUCAGGUCGCCGAGUUCCAUCUGUCCUUCUGGACAAUGGCUCGGCCCUGAACGUAUGUCCUCUGGCCACCGCCAUCGCUCUUGGGUACGCACCAUCCGAUUUCGGUCCAUCCACUCAGACUGUUCAAGCUUAUGACAGCACCCGUAGAGAGGUCAUGGGUUUUGAGGAUUCCUACAUCCUUAACCUGCUUUUGGGCCGACCGUGGAUUCACCGAGCUGGAGCCAUUCCUUCUUCACUUCAUCAGAAAGUGAAGUUCAUCCAUGAGGGCCAGGUAGUCGUCGUACAGUCGGCAGGGGACAUGUUCAUUUCCGCUGAGCCCGUGCUCCAGAUUAGCCACAGUGAUGAUGAUUUACUGCUGACCGAGUUCACUUUUGAUGAGGUACAGACUCUUGAGUUGGGGGACUUUUGCCGGGACUUCGUCGCUAUGUCCUUUGACCAGCAUGGAAGCACAGUGGUGCUUGACAUCAUGAGAGGCAUGUCCUAUCUACCCGGCAUGGGGUUGGGCCGACGUCAGCAUGGACCUAGCGAGUUCAUCACCAUUCCUGAUCAUGACGUACCAUUUGGGCUCGGGUUCAUCCCCACUGAGGCUGAUUAUAGAUAUAUGGCAUGA